AUGACCAAACAGUCACACAUGCACGACAAUCCUUCGGAUUUUAAUAAUGAGGCCAGUUUUCCGCGGUUUGCUGAGCCGAUCCCGAACAUUACGGUAACGAUAGGACGUGACGCAUUGCUGGCCUGCGUCGUGGAUAAUCUGAAAGGAUACAAGGUUGCCUGGGUGCGGGUGGACACGCAAACCAUACUAUCCAUUCAUCACAACGUGAUAACGCAGAACCCACGCAUUAGCCUCACGUACAACGACCACCGGUCCUGGUAUCUGCACAUCCGGGAGGUGGAGGAGAACGACCGGGGCUGGUACAUGUGUCAGGUCAACACGGAUCCCAUGAGAUCGCGCAAGGGAUACUUACAGGUCGUGGUUCCACCAGCGAUCGUAGAGUCGAUGACCAGCAACGAUAUGGUGGUGCGGGAAGGCACUAAUGUGACGCUCAACUGCAAGGCGAAAGGGUUUCCCGAACCUUACGUCAUGUGGCGCCGGGAGGAUGGGGACGAGAUGGCCAUAGGAGGGGAAAAUGUGAAUGUAGUGGACGGGGAAAUUCUACACAUCACCAAAGUAAGCAGACUUCAUAUGGCGGCGUAUCUGUGUGUGGCAUCGAACGGUGUACCUCCAUCGAUCAGCAAGCGGGUGCAGCUGCGGGUACAAUUUCCACCGAUGCUGUCCAUCCCCAAUCAGCUGGAAGGCGCCUACGUGGGGCAGGACGUCGUGCUCGAAUGUCACACGGAGGCGUAUCCGGCAUCAAUCAAUUACUGGACGACGGAGCGUGGCGAUAUGAUAAUAUCCGAUACCUCCCGGACGGGCGAUAAGUUCGAAACGAUGUCCCGCAACACGGGCUAUACGAAGUACAUGAGCCUGAAGAUCCGCAACGUCGGCCCGGCGGAUUUCGGCUCCUACCGAUGCGUGGCGAAAAACUCAUUAGGCGAAACCGAUGGACUAAUCAAAUUGGACGAAAUACCGGCCCCGACGACAAUAUUGACAACCGAAUCACUUUAUAACAAUCGAUCAAAAGGUCGCAAAGCAAACAAAAAACACGACCCCAUGAUGGUGGGAGACUAUGGAGUCGAAGAGUGGAAAGAAAAUGGUCCCUCGAUACGGCAUCCACCGGGAGCGUUCCACAACGGGGCCGCGUCUGGCCGAGGUAUUCACGCGACGUCCUACUGGUCAUGCUGCUGCGGCUUGCUUUUCCUGCUGCAACUCCUGUCGAUACUAUCGCAACGCCAUCUGACGGGUGAUGGCAGGAGAUGA